CCCUGGUGUCUAGUUAUAUUUCUGGCUGAGUUCUCAAUAGGUGGUUUACUUCCUUAUUUUCUCCAUGCUGCUCCAGCCCUGCUCUUUCCUCUGAACAUUGUUUUUCCCUUGUUUGUUUUUAGGGCUGCUCAAGCAAAUUGACGCGGGUGGAGACAUGUUUGUCGCUGGUGUCAACACGAAUGAUGACAUCUACUGUCUGUCUCGUCCAGCAGCGGUCUCUGCGAAUGGUGUCUCUGACUUGCCCUGGGUCAAAAAUGAAGGAAAGCUGAAGUACUACAGCUGUGGUUUGUGGGGCUGCUGGGGAGUUAACUCAGCUGAUGAUAUCUAUUUCCGGUUUGAUGUCACCCCGGAUCCUUGUGAAGGAUCCAGGUGGGAACAGAUUCCAGGCAAGCUGUCCAUGAUUGAAGUUGCUUCCGAAGGCUCUGUCUAUGGCGUGAACAGUGCAGGACAAAUAUAUCGCAGGGAUGGAAUCACUAAAAGCAACCCCGUCGGCACCAGCUGGACCCAGGUGGCCAGUUUCAUCUGCAAAUGCAAACAUGUGUCCUAUGACCAGGGCCUGCUGUGGCUUAUCAUUGACCAGGACAAGAUUGUGAAAUGCCGGAUCUAAAUGAGACUCCCGCCAUCUCAGCCUCACAGUGAGU